GAAUUGUCCAAAUGUAAAAUUGCAACGGCCAAGGGGUAUUUAAGUCAACAAGAGCUAGGAUUUUGAACCCGAUAUAAAUACACAGCUAUAAGGGUUUUUACGGUGUUCUCCUCGACUCCUCGAAGCAUGGCUGCCGCUGCCGCCCCACCUCGCCUGCUCUCGCAGAAGGAAGCCGACAUUCAAAUGAUGUUGGCUGCGGAAGUCCACCUAGGAACUAAGAAUUGUGACUUUCAAAUGGAGCGAUACGUAUUCAAGCGCCGUAACGAUGGUAUAUACAUAAUCAACCUGGGAAAGACAUGGGAAAAACUUCGACUGGCAGCCCGGGUUAUUGUUGCAAUUGAGAAUCCUCAGGACAUCAUAGUACAGUCUGCAAGGCCUUACGGUCAGAGAGCAGUCCUUAAGUUUGCUCAGUACACCGGUGCCCAUGCAAUUGCUGGAAGGCACACACCCGGUACGUUCACCAACCAGCUGCAGACAUCGUUCAAUGAACCCCGUCUCCUCAUACUUACCGAUCCAAGGACAGAUCACCAGCCUAUUAAGGAAGCUGCUCUUGGAAAUAUCCCAACGAUAGCUUUCUGUGACACUGAUUCGCCAAUGCGGUACGUUGAUAUCGGGAUCCCCUCCAACAACAAGGGGAAGCAUAGCAUAGGAUGUCUCUUUUGGCUGUUGGCAAGAAUGGUUCUACAGAUGCGUGGUACUAUUCGUCCUGGGCACAAGUGGGAUGUGAUGGUGGAUUUGUUUUUCUACCGCGAGCCCGAGGAGGCUAAGCAACAAGAAGAAGAAGAAGCGGUUGCCAUCCCAGAUUAUGGUCUUACUGAUUAUUCUGCUGCUCCCCUUGCAUCUGAUCAAUGGCCUGUUCAAGGUUCUGAUGCCCAAUGGAACCCUGACGUUCAGCAGCCUAUUUCAGCAGUUCCUGCCACUACCUGGGGCUCAGAGCCAGUUGCUAUGACAGUGGAAUGGGAUGCUGCUCCAGCGCCACCAUUGACUACCCCUGUUGUUGAGGGGGCUGCUCCUGCUGCUUCUGGAUGGGAAUGAAGUUUGAAAGCUUUUGCAUUCAUAAUUUUGUUUAAAAAUCACUUUAGCUAGUUUUUUCAAGUAGUUCAGUUUUCUGUUGUGAAACGAACUUGCUUAAUGGCACACUUUUACUCUAUUGAAUUUCAAAGUUUUUUUCA